AUGACUAGGUUUAUACUCCUUUUCAUAUCUGUAGCAGCAUGCUUAGCCCAUCAAAUCCCAAUAUCCUAUACUCCAUCUCUGAAAAUGCAACUAUACAUGAAAGGAGAGUUGAAGGACUAUUUAAAACAAAAAGCCGAAUACAGAGUUCAAACAACUAAAGACGCUCAAGGCACUACCCAGGUGGUAGAUUACGAGGAUAUGGCUUACAUGGUUCAAAUCACUCUUGGUACACCUCCUCAGAGGUUUGUUAACUUCAUUGAUUCUGCAUCUGCAAACUUGUGGGUUCCGGAUAUACAAUGCGCCGCAGGAAAAGAUAAAACUUGUGGAACAUAUUGCAAAAAUACCCCUUAUGACACUUGUAUUACUUUCUGUGAUUCGAGCUGUUGCUCGAAGACUGCAGUUCUUGCCGCAAACGGCUGUCAAGCAAAACAUCGUUAUAAUUCAACAGCUUCUUCAACAUAUAAAGCACAACCUGGAACAUUCGAUAUUUCCUAUCAAACAGGAGAUGUUUCCGGAUCUCUUGGAUCUGAUACCUUCUGUUUCUACGGAACUAAUAUUUGUGCCACUAACCAAGUAUUUGGCCAAGCGAAAACGAUUGGAUCCGACUUCGCUAAACAACCACUGGAUGGAAUCAUCGGUUUGGGAUGGCCUGCCUUAGCUGUCGAUUCUAUUGUACCUCCCAUGAACAACUUAAUACAACAGAAUAAACUUGAUCAGCCACUCUUCGUUGUUUAUAUGGCCGGUAUCGGACCAACUUCUACUGUUAACGGUGGAUCUUUCACUGUCGGAACCUUAGACAAAACGAACUGUGGAGAUGUUAACUGGAUUCCUCUUACUCAACAAACAUUCUGGCAGUUCAAAUUGGAUUCAAUCAACGUAGGAACCAGCUACUCAAAAAGUCAAACAGGUGGAUGGCAAGCAAUAUCUGACACAGCUUCUACUUUCAUCGGUGGUCCUUUGGCUAUAGUAAAUGGAAUUGCUUCCGCAGUCGGAGCUAAGUAUUUCCCUGAGUUCGAAGCAUACUUUAUUGAUUGCCAAGCCAAACCAUCUCCAAUCACAUUUACAAUCAAUGGAGUUGCCUAUGAUAUUAAUCCCAAGAAUUAUAUUAUUUCAGUUGGUGCUGGCCCAUGUAUGCUAGCUUUCUUCCCUAACGAAGCUGGAGGUUUCUACCCAUCAUGGAUGCUUGGUCCCCCACUCAUUCGUGAAUAUUGCCAAGUUUAUGAUUAUGGAAAUGGACGUGUUGGUAUGGCCAAAGUAACUGCUCAAUAA